UAAACUCUGAACUAAUGCAGUCAGUUUAGCUAGAAAAAAAACACUCAAAUAUGAUCUAUAAGAAACUGUAGAAUUCCUAGAGAAUAACCCAGAAGACAACGCAGAGUAUAAUCCGGAGGAUAACUCAGAGAACAACCCAGAGAAUAAUCCAGAGGAUAAUCCAGAGGAUAAUCCAGAAGAAAUCGAAGACGGCAACGAACUGGAAAAAAUCCAGCGUGGAGGAAAUUAAAGAAACUGAGAUUGACGAAAUGAAGGACAUUCAGCUGUGGAACAUGUCGCCGCCGCCGCCGCCGCCGACGCCGUCGCCGCUCGGCUUCGUCGUCUUUGCCCGGCGUCGCCUGGCGACAUCAUCAUUGUCAUCGUCUAUGCGACCGCCGCCGUCGCCACUGCUGCCGCCACCACCACCGCCGCCGCCCGGCGUCGUUGUCUUCGCCCGGCAUCGCCUAGUGUCAUUAUCGUUGUCAUCGUCGAUACCAUCGCCGCCGCCGCCGUCGCCGCCUGGCGUCGUUGUUUUCGCCCGGCGUCGCCUGACGUCAUCGUCGUCAUCACAUUGAUACCGCCGCCGCCCGGCGUCAUCUGGUGUCAAUCAUUUGACGAUGGGUCUCUCUGUUGAUUUUACUGUGUGCACAAUUACCGCAUCUUGGCGGAUCCUCUUCUUAGUACAAUCUUUCAUCUCAUGUUCACUAGAUCAAUGGCCAUAUAAAGGCAUAACUCUGCAGUCCUUAGCCAUAUGACCCAUACACACACACAUACACAAAAACAAGACAUCUAUAAUACUGUAAUAUGCAUAUAUAAUCUGCAAAUUUACACGCAAUAUAUCGUAGAUAUAUUCGAUCAUUCUUUAUUAAAAUUUUUCGGAUUAUAAGCGAUAUCUCCAAGACACAGCUUGUAACCCUCCCAUUACUCUUCGGCAUAUACAUAUAUGUAUAUGGCCUUCAA